AUGAGCGCCCUCAGGAACACAGGAACACAUCUGCUGGCCAGAAUCCAAGCCCUAGAGAGACGUCUCGGAGCCGCGUCGAGCAAUUUGCCCCUCCACGGCCAAGCUGACUGUGCUUCGAGCAAUGCGCCUUCUGAACUUGCCGUAUCAGCGGAUGUGGAAGAUGAUUUGCUGAACAUCACGGCCCGUGGAGGAUCGGCUGCAGAGUUUGAACCCGAACACGCACCUAUUGAGCAUGAUGCCGUUGAUGGCAUGGGAUCAAUUGCUCUUUCCGACGAGGGAGAACACCGCCCAUACCAUGGUCCGUCCGCCAACCUCGUCCUCGUACGUGAGUUGACCAUCGCCCUUGCCGAAGUCAACAAGAUGGUACACACAGGUUCACGCAUGGUAUCACGGCGUGCAAUCCCAAAGAUAGGACGCAGCAUUCGUCCAACUAUCUUGGACAGCCUCAGCUUUGGCCGGGUCGGGGGAGCGAGGGCCGGGAUGAGCGUGCAAGAUCUGCCACCAAAUUCAGAGGCAAGCAAUCUCCUUGCUGAAUAUUUCAAAACCGUUGGCCUGUUCUUUCCAUGUAUUCACCAAGACACAUUCAUUGCAAAAUACAAUGACUUUCGUCGAGAUGGUACCCGCAACGCCCGCCGAACUUGGCUGGCGCUGCUGUACAUGAUUUUUGCCUCGACACAUGAAAUCGAAAGCUAUGCUUCUCCAACCGACUCAACUAUGGAAGUCUCGCGAAGGUAUCGCCAAACAGCUGUCAGCUUGAUUAUGCCUGAAGCAAUUACGUACUCUGACUUGGAAACAGUCCAGAUGCUUUGCUUGAUGACUUGCCACCUACAAGGAUCUCCAGACUCGGCACAAGCGUGGACGUUCCAUGUGCUUUCUGUGAAGGCUGCUAUGCAGAUUGGACUUCAUGCCCCUGGCGGCUCUGAAGACCUCUCGCUUCUUCAACGAGAAAUGAGAAAACGAACAUGGUUCUGGUGUAUUCACAAUGAUGCCUUACUCAGUGCCCACCUCGGUCGCCCGCCCAUCAUACAAAAAUCUUUGACCACGAUGACACUCCCCUUGGAUAUCACGGAUGCUUUUCCUACCACACGUCAAAGUCGCUCAGUCAUGGCAGCUAGUGUAACAUAUUUUACAGCACUAAUCGGACUAUCUGGGAUAAUCACCGAUGUACUUGCCCAACUCUACUCUAACAAUGGUUCUCCGUUGGGAACCCGCUCCAUGGCUGAUGUUCUUCGUCUGGUCUUUGACUUUUCCUGGAAACUGUCCCAGUGGCACCAGUCAGUGCCUGAAGAGCUCCAACCUACUGAAAAUGGCAAGCAUCAACCGACAUCACAAGCAUUAAUUACUAUUAGACGCUUCCAGACCGGGCUUGCACUACGCUACUAUGUCGCACUCAAUCUGGUCUAUCGAUCGGCGUUGUUAUGCUUCAUUCACUUCAGGCCAGGGCAUACAGAUGACAAUCUUCAGUUGGCCGUACUCCGGGAUUUCGGGUUCCCUUUCGUCAAGAACUGCAUUCGCACUUGUAGGCAGGGUAUCUCACUCGCCAAGGCAAUCGUGGUUGAGCCUUACCAGGAGCAACGGCUUUGGGGGGCCUGGUGGAUGACCAAUUUUCUUGCAUUCAACACUUCAAUCAUGGAACUAGGCAUCUUGAUGAUAGCUAAGCGGGAGAUCUUUGUAGACCUGUUCGCCGCAGAAGUCCUGAGUUCCAUACAUACCGACCUCAAGGAUGUGGGACAUGUGUUCCGCCGGCUCAAUGACAGCAACCAAAUUGUCUCGCGCUGUCACGGCUGUCUCAGAGAACUAUUGGCCCUUUUCGACUCAACAUACCCGAGGCAGCCUGGCGGAGACUCUGAGAGCCCAGGUUCACCUGGUCACGAUGAAAGACAACGCAAUGAGAAUCACCCUGCUCAAGCAGCCAAUGUGUCGGAUUUUAAUGAUGCCGCUCAUAACUUCCCGUGGGCUGACAUGGAUCUGUUCACCGAGUCUCUAGGAGCAGGCUUCAGCGGUCCAGAGCUAGAUUUUCUGAAUGGUCUGUGA